UGUCCCCGGAGAGCAUUAAUGGGUGGUUUCUGUUAAUAAUAUCGCUGUAUUUUCUCCUCCCCAGAAGUGCAGAGGAAGAAAGGGGAAAUCCAAGGAGAGAAGAUGAAGAACUGUGAGCUGUGCGGAGGCGCCGCCGGAAUAUACUGUGAGUCCGACCAGGCGAGUCUGUGUUGGGACUGUGACCGAAAAGUGCAUGGCGCGAACUUUCUGGUGGCAAAGCACACGAGGAGUCUUCUCUGCCACUCCUGUCAACAGCCGACGCUGUGGAGGGCAUCCGGUCAGAAUCUGGGUUCGGCGGUCUGUGUAUGCGAUUCUUGCUCCGGUGUUGACUGCAAGGAAGAGGAGCGGACGCAGGAAUCGGAGGAGUGUGAAGAGGAUGAGGGUAACGAUGAUUAUGAUGAUCAGGAGGAGAUGAUGGUGGAGGAUAGUGGUGAUGAGGAAGAGGAUGAGGAUGGAGAGAAUCAGGUGGUACCGUGGUCAGGGGAUUCUUCACAGCCUUCGCCGCCUGUGGUGAGCUUUGAUUCUUCAAGUGCUGGUGAAGACGAGGUGGUUUCCGACAUCGGCGGAGGCGGCUUUGGAUUGAAGCGGAUGAGAGAGAAUCUCGCCGUGUACUCUGAUGAUGACAUAGGCUGCUCCUCCUCUCACCUUGGCUCCGGAGCAUCUGCUGGCGGCGAGGCAGUUUCUGGAGCACUGAAGCAACGGAGAUUAGGUGAACUAAAUCAAUCGGAAAGAACUGAAGAUCAUGGUGAAGAAACUAAAUCAAAACCCACAGCUAUCGUUAGCUCACUCAAGAGACUCCAAAAAGAGAUGAUCACUAACAAUGGCAAUGCUGCUGCUACGGUCAUUGGGAUCUGCAGAUUGAGUAGGGAUCAGAACCAUUGAUCUAUGUUGUCAACUAACUCCUGUUCAGUCCAAAUUUAUACAAUCUUGAGGUAGUAUUUUUAUUGUUAAUCCAAGUUGAAUUUGUCACAUAUUUUGAUCAUGCAAACAUUUAUCAUCAUAUGUCCUUUUUUAACAAGUGAAAGAAAUGGGCAAAUUGGCAUGAAGAUUUUCUUCGAGUUGUAACAUUGUUGGGGUUAUUUGUUAUUUUUAGAAGCUUCAAAACUUGUGGGUGAUUGUGGCAGCAGGGAUGGGGAGCAGGUGAGAGUAGGAAUGCAAUAUUGAAAUGUAUGGUGGAGAGAAAACGAAACUUUGUGUGGUGCAAUGACAUGUUGAUGUGAAAAGCAAUCCACUUGCAUCACUCCAUGACUUAAAUGUGGGUUUUAUUAAUUUUUUGUGCUCUGGGUGUGUCUGGAGGACAUUAUAGCUUUUUGUUAUUUGUUAGAUAUGGACAAAUAUCUUUGCGUUGAAGUUGAUCAUUCAUUUUUGUGAGGUAGGAAAUGAUCUUUAGCAUUUUGAUCUUUUUUUUUUUUAUUUUGGUACAUUGAAUGAUUAAUACUUAGCUGCAUAGUACAAUAAAAGUUUAAAUCUUUUAUCAUUGACCCUAAAUUAACAUUUUUUCGUUAUUGAGUAUUAAUUUAAUUAAGUUUUUGUUAACUUGAAUCAUGAUCUUCUUUAUUUAUCAAUGACAUUGUUGAAUAAUUUCUCCUUUAAUUACUCUGCUCAACAUGCCAGCUCUAAUUCAGCAACCUAUGGGUUUUUGUUGGGUUUGCUUCUUCGAAGGUUUUUGUUGUUCCGUAGUCAACAUUAAGCAAUGGAAAUUGCCUAACCCCUCUAGGGCAAUCCCCAGUCCACAAGCAAAGAGGAAUGCAGUGGAUAGAGUUAGCCCUCCAUCGAUUUGUUUUUUCCGACCUUUAUAAUAAGUCCACUUUUGUUCUUUCACCCAUGGUAUAAAGAAAAUUCUUUAGA